AUGAAACGUCCAGUUAGUUAUCAGAUGGAGUAUGCUGGAGUCAUUGAACACGAUGUAGGGACCACAAGCUCGGUGAAUACAACAGCAUCAACCCCGUCAGUUAGCACAACAUCAGCUCCGUGUUUCGAUGACGACGACGUCGAUUGUCACGCGCUGAAUGACAUCCUAGACAUCUGCAACCCCGUCACAGAGCAAACCAGGACAAUGUGUCCACGAUUCUGUGGAAUUUGUGAUAUCACAUACUCUAUUAACACCAUCACGACAACGUCUGGUCCCUGUCUCGACUCCCAUUUGGUCAACUGUACAUCGCUCAAUCAAAUUCAAAACAUCUGCAGUCCUGUCACAGAAAUGAGUACAACAUGGUGCCCCCAGUUUUGUGGACUCUGUGGUGUAACAAAGCCUGGUACGUUACCUGCAGAAUCGCCGAGAACAAAUAUUUCUACUGCAGUACCACGGCCAACAAAAGCAGUACCUCAGUCAACACAAAUAGUACCGCAGUCAACAAAAACGGCAUUGCAGCAGUCAACAAAAACAGUACCGCAGUCAACUCAUGAAGUACCGCAGUCAACAAAAGGCACAUAUUCAACAUCAACUGUAACGCAGUCUAUGAAACCAGUUCCGACACUGUGUUACCAGUGUGGAGACCUGGAUUCUAACAGCGGGUGUUCUGUACAGGAAUUAGCGCUAGGGAGUGCCUCGUUCUGUAGGGAGGGAUACUGCAUGACUGACGUGUAUGUCCACUCUGACGGCGUAAACUACGACGUAUACAAAAGAUGUGUGAAUCUGACGAUUUGUAAAACGGAAUGGUUCCAGGAAUCUUCUGACAAUGAAUGGUGCACCUCUUUAGCGUCAAACGGACCAGUGGCAGAUUUGAUUUGUCAUUUCUGUUGUCAUGGAGACGGGUGUAACAAAAAAUUGGUCCCUCCAGAAGAUUUGCUUUACACCGAGUCCUAGUUCUCAACAGAUCGGAGUGACAUAUAUUCGUGCGCAUGUAUACACACAUGUAUACCGUACAGCAAA